CUUUCUGCAGAGCUCCAGUGAAGCAGCGUCUGCAGACCGACCAUAAGCCGAACAUGCCUGCAGAUCUCAGCCAGUGGACCGGGCCUCUCACCCUGCAGGAGGUCGAGGAGAAGCCUGGAGAGCCUCUGACUGUUAAAUACGACUCUGUGGAGGUGGACGAGCUGGGCAAAGUGCUGACUCCCACACAGGUUCAGAGCAGACCCACCUGUAUGGAGUGGGAGGGAUGUGACUCCACUAAGUUGUACACUUUGGCCCUGACUGACCCCGAUGCUCCCAGCAGGAAAGACCCCAAAUUCAGGGAGUGGCACCACUUUCUGGUGAUCAACAUGAAAGGGAAUGAUGUGUCGUCCGGCUGCGUCAUGUCGGACUACGUGGGCUCUGGUCCUCCCAAGGGCACAGGUCUCCACAGGUACGUGUGGCUGGUCUAUGAGCAGCCGGGCAGCCUGUCCUGCACCGAGACCGUCCUCACUAACCGGUCUGGAGACUGCCGCGGCAAGUUCCAGAUCCAGAGUUUCAGGAAGAAAUACAAACUGGGAGCCCCGGUGGCGGGAACCUGCUACCAGGCCGAGUGGGACGACUACGUCCCCAAACUUUACGAGCAGCUAGCCGGAAAAUAAAUGAAAAUAACUGAUCCUAGAGGACCAUCAGCACUAGGAACUCCCACAUAGGCUGAUGGUUUGUUGGAUAUUCCCUUUCUUGCAAGAGGCAAAAAAACACAACAGUAACGAGCUAUUUUUUUUUUUGUGUGUGUGCAACUGAAUAUUAUUUUCAUUCACGCUGUUGCCUUCCCAAUGCUGUGACAAAAAUAACUCCUCCUCUCAAUGAUGUCACCCGCACUCCUCUGCAAUAAAUGUGUUAAACACAGAAUUAGUUGCAUAAUGUUUUGAAAUGUUUUCUGAUCCUGUGGUGGCUGAUAAAUGCAACUUGCAGCCUCCAUAACAUAUUUGUAUUAAUCAUUACAUGAUGUUUCACGAUAAUCGGUGAGAGGAUUACUUAUGAGAUUAUUUUUCUUCUUUUGAGAUGUAAAUAACUAGAACCAGGAGUAUUGCUUUUUUUGGAAUGAAUAUGAAGAUGUGAGCAAUUCAUAUCGGACAUACAUAACAACACGCCCUUAGUUUGUGUGAUGAGCACUUUAUUUACAAAUAUAAUUAAAAGCUCUGACAGAUUCAUGCUUUCUUUUAUCCUGGAAAAAAAAAUUAAAGUGCAUGCAAUAAUAAAGCAUCAUACUGGUCUGGUUUAUAAGAAAAUACACAGCUUGGGAGUUGUGUAAAGCCCAAAAAAAAAGAAAAGAAAAAUCAGAUGGAAAUCCCAUUGAUACAUGACAUGAAC